GCAAACAUGUUGUUAGGUUUUCAGUAUUAAAUUUACUCGGCAUAUAAACAUACAUACUACGAUAGUUUUGGAAGUUAAGACAAGAAAACACAGUCGUGAAAAACUCAUACAACAAUGAAUGACGACUGGGACAACGAUUUGCCCGAUGCAGUGCGGUACACAUCGCCCACUUAUCAAAAGCCCGCAGCCCCGUCAGAUGACACUUGGGGUGAAUGGGGCAACUCGAAUGCCGAGAGCAACAGGAAUGAACAGUCAGGUGGACGGGACAAGAGGGGCCGCGACAACUACGGAUGGGGUAAUGGGGAGCGCAAGAACACCUGGAGCAAUUCCAGGGGUGGUGGAGACAAAUAUCAGUCUGGCAGGUACAACAGAGACCAGAGAGGCAAAGACCGUAACUACAGAGGUGGAGACCGCAAUAAUGCAGGAGGAGGCAAGGAUAAUAUGGAAGUUAUCCAGAUUCCAACCAACAAAGUCGGCAGAGUAAUUGGUAGGGGAGGCGCCAAAAUCUCCGAUUUGCAGUUCAAUUCAGGAGCUCGCAUUAAUAUUACCAAGGAGAGUGAUGGGGAAAAUACAAAUGUAAAGAUUUUUGGGUCCGACGAUAACAUUCGUAAGGCUAAAGAGCUCAUAAUGGAGUUAACAACUGAAGCUCCUCCGCCAGCGCAGUUUGUGGAGGAACCUAAAGAGGAACCAAAAGAGGAACGCACUCUGGACUGGAACACCUGGUUGACAGAAUGCGACAAAAGAACGGCUGAAAAAUGGGCCAAGUUCCCUCCAAUCAUAAAGAAGUUCUACGAAGAACAUCCAGAGGUCUCGGUGUUGUCUGAGUCCGAAGUUGAGGAAUUCCGCGAAGAGAACAACAACAUUGUUGUAGAUCGCACGUUCAAAUCGGUGGACGCAGCCCCGAUUCCGAAACCGGUUAAAACUUUCAUGCACGCCUUCCACAAUUACCCGGGAAUAUUGGAAGAAAUUAGGAAGGCGGGCUUCGAAAAACCUUCGCCAAUUCAGUGCCAAGCUUGGCCCGUGCUGUUGAGUGGACAAGAUAUGAUCGGUAUCGCGCAGACUGGUACGGGAAAGACGCUGGCGUUCUUGUUGCCGGCUCUCAUCCAUAUUGACGGUCAAGGAAUUAAAACAGAGGAGCGAGGUGGCCCAGCAGUUCUCAUCAUGGCCCCUACCAGAGAGCUGGCUAUGCAAAUUGACAGGGAGGUCAAGAAAUACAAGUAUAAGGACAUCAAAUCUGUGUGUCUAUAUGGCGGUGCCUCUCGUAGAGAACAAGUCAGAGAAGUUACUGACGGAGUAGACAUAAUAAUUGCCACGCCAGGAAGACUGAACGAUCUUGUUGCCUCAGGACAAUUGGACGUGAAACCAGUGACGUAUGUGGUUUUGGAUGAAGCUGACCGAAUGUUGGACAUGGGUUUCGAGCCCCAAAUUCGUAAAGUCAUGUACUUGAUUAGACCAACCAGACACACAGUAAUGACCAGCGCCACUUGGCCGUUGGGUGUUAGAAGAUUGGCCGAUUCGUACAUGAAAGACCCAGUGCAAGUUUACGUUGGCUCUUUGGAUUUAGCGGCCACUCAUACAGUUUCGCAAAAAAUUAUAAUGGUAAAGGAUGAUGAUGAAAAGAUGGCAAUGGUUAUGGAUUUCAUCCGUAAUUUAACCCCAGAACAAAAAAUUAUAGUAUUUUGUGGCAAAAAAGCUAUGGCUAUUGAGCUAACUUGCGAGAUUAAUCUGAACGGUAUUAGAUGCCAGGCUUUGCAUGGUGAUAGAGAACAGGUUGACAGAGAACAAGCUCUUCUUGAUAUUACAUCUGGAGAAGUACAGAUUUUAAUUGCGACUGAUUUGGCCUCCAGAGGCUUGGACAUUGAUAACAUUACACAUGUUAUUAAUUUUGAUUUCCCUCGCAAUAUUGAGGAAUACGUUCACAGAGUUGGCCGAACUGGCAGAGCCGGUCGUUUUGGUGAAAGUAUUAGUUAUUUCACGAGGUCUGAUUGGGGAUCAGCUAAAGAACUGAUAGCUAUUUUGGAGGAAGCUAACCAGGAUAUUCCGGAGGAAUUAUAUAGUAUGUCUACAAGAUACGAAGUAUGGAAGAAGAAGAAGGAUGCUGAUAGGCCCAGAGGCGGUGGACGUCGUGGCGGCUUCGGCGGAGGUGGAGGAGGGGGUGGAGGAAGUAAAUGGUAUUAAUCCAUAUCCUCUCGUUCUUGUUCUUGUUUGAAUCUCGUUUUAUUUUUUUUUUUAUUAAAAAUUUUGUUGAGUUAAGUUAUUUUUAUUUUUAUAUUUAUUGUUAUAAUUAUAAUAAUAAUAAUAAAACUGCAUUCCAUUA